AUGGGCUUCUUGUCGUGCCUAUUCCGGUGCCCAGAGGAGGAGGAGCGGGUGGUGAAGGAGCACGAUGACGACGAGGACUCCGGCGGAAUCGACCAUGGAGUCGCCUCAGAGUCAUCAGAAAGUGCCCCACUGAAGACUGAAUCCGCACAUAUGGAAGGAAUCCAGAGAAAUGGCACACAUAAUGAGGCGACGAUCUUCACUUUGCGUGAGCUUGUUGAUGCUACCAAAAACUUCAGCAAGGAUUUUCAGUUGGGGCGAGGAGGAUUUGGUUGUGUGUAUAAAGCAUAUCUGAAUGAUGGUCAGGUUGUUGCAGUCAAACAACUUGAUCUAAAUGGGCUUCAGGGGAACCGAGAAUUCCUUGUGGAGGUUCUCAUGCUCAACCUCUUGCAUCACCCUAACCUUGUCAAUUUGAUAGGGUACUGUGUUGACGGUGAUCAACGCUUGCUUGUUUAUGAAUAUAUGCCAUUGGGAUCACUAGAAGACCAUCUACACGACCUUCCACCCAAUAAAGAACCUCUAGAUUGGACAACACGGAUGAAGAUAGCUGCUGGCGCAGCUGCUGGUUUGGAAUACCUACAUGAUAAGGCAAAUCCACCAGUUAUUUACCGAGAUAUUAAGCCAUCAAACAUUCUUCUUUCUGAAGGGUAUCAUGCGAAGUUGUCCGACUUUGGACUUGCUAAACUUGGUCCUGUGGGUGAUAAGACUCAUGUGACAACCCGUGUCAUGGGGACUUAUGGCUAUUGUGCUCCUGAGUACGCCGCGACUGGACAGCUAACGGUUAAGUCUGACAUCUAUAGUUUUGGUGUGGUGUUCCUCGAGCUAAUUACAGGACGAAGGGCACUCGAUAGCAAUCGGCCUCGUGAGGAACAGGACUUGGUCUCAUGGGCUCGUCCAUUGUUCAAAGACCAAAGGAAAUUUCCAAAGAUGGCUGAUCCUUUGUUGCGUGGCCGCUUUCCAAAGAGGGGUUUGUACCAGGCCUUGGCUAUUGCAGCGAUGUGUUUGCAGGAGAAGUCAAGGAAUCGCCCUCUGAUUAGGGAAGUUGCUGCUGCUCUCUCCUAUUUGUCAUCACAAACAUACGAUGGGAAUGACGCUGCUGUUCGCCGUUACCUUGAUGGCCCUUCAGCAUCAAAAGUGUCAGACGAUCAGGUUAACCAAGAUGAUGCUUUGGCUAGUCAACAUGGAGCUCAAACGUCGAUGCAUGACCGUAUGAAUGACUUCGUCCCAGAAGGAAAAGAACAUUGCAGGAGUGGCUCCAACCGUGGAGGACGGGGCAGGGUUGUUCCAAACGGUGUCGACAGAGACCGCGCACUUGCAGAUGCGAAUGUCUGGGCCGAGGCUUGGAGACGCCAUGAGAAGGCAAGCAAAGUGCGUGUAACCGAUGAAAUCCUCGGAUAG